AUGUUACGACGUGCCCCAGUGACGCCAGAUGGCAAGGUCAUGGACCGGUUCCAGGAGAGCUCUCGCAUCAACAAGCCUUUCAAGCCACCCACUCCCGCCGCUGGCACUCGAGAACAGCCUCAACGCAAACGCAAACGCGUUUCCUACAAGGACGCCCAGCGCGGCUCAGACGACUCGGGAAGCGAGAAUGAGGGUGCGCCCAAGAAGAAGAAGAAAUCGGGCGGCAAAAAUGACGGCUUUGAACGACCUCUUGACAACAACAUCAAGCACUACCCCGUAUACAAGCCCAAGCCUUUCGGCCAAAUAUCCCAUCGCUUCUCUAUACCCGAGAUGCGCAACAAGGACGGGGACGUGAUACCCACUGUACAGACCAACAUCGCUCUUGGUAUCCGGCCGCUUGCGAAUAUCAUUCCUCGGCCGCUCCACGAUCCUAUGGAGGACCAUGCUAUCGUUCUCUAUGAUCCCACCAUCGACGACAGAGAGACCGACGAGGAGCGCAAGGAGCGCGAGAAGGAGGAAGCCAAAGAGAAGGCGCUCAAGGAAGCCCAGGAGAAGUGUGCUGGUAUGUACAACCCGCACAAGAGCCUGAAGGAGCUCCUUGGGGGUGGCAAGGACAAGAAGCGGCAUGCGCACAAGGUUCCGGUCGUCAUCGACCCACGCUUGACCAAGGUGCUACGGCCCCAUCAAGUCGAGGGUGUCAAGUUCUUGUAUCGGUGCACAACCGGCAUGGUCGUGGAGAAUCAAUACGGCUGCAUUAUGGCCGACGAGAUGGGUCUGGGCAAGACCCUACAGUGUAUCGCUCUUCUCUGGACUCUGCUCAAGCAAUCGCCGCAUGCUGGACGUCCUACUAUCGAGAAGUGUAUCAUUGCUUGUCCCUCAAGUUUGGUGAAGAACUGGGCGAACGAACUAGUGAAGUGGCUAGGGAAGGACGCAAUUUCUGCAUUAGCUAUCGACGGAAAGGGAGGCAAAGCCGAGAUGCUGGAGAAAGUCGCCCGCUGGGUUGCGUCUUGUGGACGCAACGUCUCGCAGCCAGUGAUGAUUGUAUCCUACGAGACCCUACGUACUUUGUCCGUACAUCUAGCCAACUGCUCGAUCGGCCUGCUUCUCUGCGAUGAGGGCCAUAGACUGAAGAACUCUGAAUCGUUGACGUUCCAGGCUUUGAACGGUCUCAACGUCAAGCGGCGAGUCAUUCUGUCUGGGACUCCCAUCCAGAACGAUCUUUCGGAGUACUUCUCGCUUCUCAACUUCGCCAACCCGAAUUUUUUGGGAUCAAAGAACGAUUUCCGAAAGAAUUUCGAGAAUGCUAUCAUUCGUGGCCGCGACGCGGACGCAACAGAUGCUGCGAAGAGCGAAUGCGAGAAGAAACUCAAGGAACUUGGAGCUUUGGUCGCUAAAUUCAUCAUUCGGCGCACGAACGACCUGCUGUCGAAGUAUCUGCCCGUCAAAUACGAGCAAGUCGUGUUCUGCAAGCUUUCGGACUUCCAACUGUCACUCUACCGGCUCUUCAUAUCUUCGCCUGAGAUUCAAGCACUGCUCCGUGGGGCUGAAUCGCAGCCGCUCAAGGCGAUCAACAUCCUCAAGAAGCUUUGCAACCACCCAGAACUGCUUGACUUGCCUGGUGACCUUCGAGGUUGCGAGAAGCUUCUCCCUGAAGGGUACGCCGGCGCCGGUGCCACAGGACGAGACAAGGGCCGGAACCAGGGCGUGAACUGCGAGUGGGGAGGCAAGUUCCUGGUGCUCGAGCGGUUCCUCCACCGCAUACAUACGGAAACGAACGACAAGAUCGUCUUGAUCAGCAAUUACACCCAGACACUGGACUUGUUCGAGAAACUGUGUCGCAGCAAGAAGUAUGGUCACUUCCGCCUGGACGGCACGAUGACGAUCAACAAGCGGCAGAAGCUGGUCGACUCGUUUAACGACCCCAACGGCAAGGAGUUCAUCUUCCUGCUGAGUAGUAAGGCUGGUGGAUGCGGUAUCAACCUCAUCGGCGCAAACCGACUUAUCCUCUUCGACCCCGACUGGAACCCGGCGGCAGAUCAACAGGCUCUCGCCCGAGUAUGGCGUGACGGCCAGAAGAAGGAAUGCUUCGUGUACCGCUUCAUCUCCACCGGCACAAUCGAGGAGAAGAUCUUCCAGCGGCAGGCGAACAAGCAGGCGCUCUCGUCCGCGGUCGUCGACGAGAAGGAGGACGCGGAGCGGCACUUCUCGAUCGACGCGCUCCGCAAGCUGUUCCUCUUCAACGAGAACACGCUGUGCGAGACGCACGAGACGUUCAAGUGCAAGCGCUGCAAGGAGGGGCGGCAGUUCGUCAAAUCGAAGGCGCUGCUGUAUGGCGACGCGAGCACGUGGAAUCACUUCACGAACGCGGAGUUGAGAAAUAAUCACGAUGACCUGCUGCGUGGGGAGACGGGGCUGCCCGAGGUGUCCUUCGCGUUCCAGUACAUCAGUCAUUAG